AUGCCCAAAACUUGUUUCCUCUCCGCCAACUCCCCUGAGGGAAUAAAACAGACAGGUAUAAAGUCGCAAAUAAAAGUGAGAGUUUUUGGACUCGGCAACGACAAUCGUAAAAGGACCAGGAUUUCAGUUACACCUUCCAUUCCAUUAGCUUUUAUUAUCAACGAUAAAAUGACACUCCGUACAGAUUAUCCUCUCAAGCAAUUAUUGAGAGCUGUAGACAUUCCGAAGCCUUAG